UCUCGCGAGAACUUGGAACUCCCGCGAGACUCUACGCCCGACUUGUGCGCCCGGGAAACCCCGUCGUUCCCUUUCCCCUGGCUGGCAGCGCGGAGGCCGCACGAUGCCUGGAGUUACUGUAAAAGACGUAAACCAGCAGGAGUUCGUCAGAGCUCUGGCAGCCUUCCUCAAAAAGUCCGGGAAGCUGAAAGUUCCCGAAUGGGUGGACACAGUCAAGCUGGCCAAGCAUAAAGAGCUUGCUCCCUACGAUGAGAACUGGUUCUACACGCGAGCUGCUUCCACAGCACGGCACCUGUACCUCCGGGGUGGCGCAGGGGUUGGCUCCAUGACCAAGAUCUAUGGUGGACGUCAGAGGAAUGGCGUCAUGCCCAGCCACUUCAGCCGAGGCUCCAAGAGUGUGGCGCGCCGAGUUCUCCAAGCCCUGGAGGGGCUGAAAAUGGUGGAAAAGGACCAAGAUGGGCCUCAGAGGCAGGCAGGGGAUUCAGCAGAAACGCAAACAGUGAGAGCCUCACCCCGACCUCUCUGGCUGACUUCCUCGGGCUCUGGGAAGGGGCCGCAAGCUGACACCUCAGGGACAGAGAGAUCUGGACAGAAUCGCCGGACAGGUGGCAGCUGCCAACAAGAAGCAUUAGAACAAAGGAUGCUGGGUGAAUAAAUAGCCUCGUUCGUAA